AUGCUGGAAACGGCAACCGAUCCAAAUCGCAUAUGGCUCGGUAACUUACCACCUCGGACCACCGAAUACUUCAUCCUAAAACUCGCCAGACAGUUCGGUGAACUUGCAGACUUUACUUUCCCCGUCCACAAAGUCGGCCCUCAACAAGGCGCAACAACAGGCUUCUGUUUUGUUACUUUCAAAACUCGAGAGGCUGCUCAGUUAGCUCUACGAAGACUCAAUGGCCUCCGAAUCGGCGACCACACUCUGUCUGCGCGUUUGGCCAAACCCUCAAAGGAGGAGACCCUCUUAGCUCAAUCCUCGCUGGCCGAAGCUCGACGGCAAAAAAUAGAGGAUGAGACAAAGAAAAGAGAGGAAGAACUCGCCCGCAUUUUGAUGAACACAUGUCAGUCAUCGACAAACACUACCUACAUCACCAAAAAGAUUGAUGUACCUCUGACCGCCCCCCUGACGCAGGUUUCACAACCCAAGUCGGUGACUGUUACGCCAACUGUAAUUCCCGAUUUGUACGGCAAGUUGGGUCAGGUUAGCUCAAAGCCGCUUAAAUCUGGAUCUCCGUCCGUCUUUGGUGAGUCGUCAACUUCUUACUUUGCAUAA